AUUUAGUUAAGCGGCCGAACUCACUCUGGACUCAAGUCUCGAUUUGUUUCAGUACGAAUAUUGUGCAAAACAUUGAAUCGACAUCAUUAUGAAUGGCAAUUUGCUAGGUGCUGUGAAUCGCAUGUUAUUCGGCGGGAAAGAGCUCGAAGAACAUCCCGACGAAGACUUAUAUGAAAUGCCCCUUCAGUUUAUGGCCAUGGCCCAAAAUGCCGUGGAGCCCAUGCAAGUGGACGCGCCMCCUGAAGAYAACGACAACAAUGAAGACACCUUCUUCGUGGUAGAGAACCCCUCUAUCGAUUUGGAGGCGUACGCCAACAGCUACACCGGCUUAGCCAAGCUUUAYCGGCUCAUUUUCAUUGUGGAUCAUUGCCCGUCUUUGCGGCUGGAAGCCCUAAAAAUUGCCAUUGCCUACGUAAUGAACACGUACAACGUGAACUUGUAUCAGGUCCUCCAUCAGAGACUGGCCGAUCAGAACACCAAUGCAAAUGUGCCGGACGUGGCAGCUCCAUCCCCGUGGCAAGGAAUCCCAGCGGUGGACAAUCUGUGGAUCGAGACUAUGCUGAAGAAGUCUGCUUUGAAGCUGGAGAAACUGGACAAUGAUUUGAAGAACUACAGAAGCAACUCGAUCAAGGAGAGUAUCCGCAGGGGCCACGAUGACUUAGGCGACCACUAUUUGAACAGCGGGGAUCUCUCCAAUGCCCUGAAAUGCUACUCAAGAGCUCGAGACUAUUGCACGAGCGGCAAACAUGUGGUUAACAUGUGCCUGAAUGUGAUAAAAGUAUCGAUCUACCUGCAGAACUGGUCGCAUGUUCUCAGCUACGUGGCCAAAGCUGAGGGGACUCCGGAUUUUUCCGAGGCCCAAGCGAAAGAAAACAACCCAGUGAUUUUCACUAAGCUCAGAUGCGCCGCUGGUUUAGCCGAGCUCUCCACUAGAAAGUUCAAGCAAGCUGCCAAGCAUUUCCUGCAGGCUAGUUUGGAUCAUUGCGAUUUUCCCGACAUGCUGUCCCCUGGCAAUGUGGCCACGUAUGGAGGUCUGUGCGCUUUGGCCACGUUCGACCGACCAGAACUGCAGAAGCACGUAGUCAACAAUGGAAGUUUCAAGCCAUUUCUGGAGUUGGAACCUGCUUUACGCGACGCUAUCUUAAAGUUCUACGAAUCUCGCUACGCUGCCUGCCUGAAACUCCUUGAUGAAAUGAAGGACGCUCUUCUGCUAGACCUGUAUUUGGCCCCGUACGUACCUGCCUUGUAUGCCCAGAUACGUAGCCGCGCCCUGGUUCAAUAUUUUAGUCCAUACAUGUCGGCGGAUUUGCGCCGCAUGGCCCAAGCGUUUAACCGCACAGUACCAGCGCUAGAAGACGAGUUGAUGCGCUUAAUUUUGGACGGCCAGAUUCAAGCGCGAAUUGACUCGCACAAUAAGGUGCUGUAUGCGAGGAACGCCGACCAGAGAGGAGCGACGUUCGCACGGGGGCUCGCUGUGGGCAAGGAACAAUUUAGGCGGGCGCGCAUGCUGGUUCUGAGGGCUGCCGUGCUCAAGAGCCGCAUACAAGUGCAGAGUCCUCCGCGGGAACAAGGCGAGGCCACGCUGUCUCAAAUGCAGGCCGUAUCCAGUGUGCGAACCUGAGUAAUCCACUUUCCCUGUAUAUAUUAUUUACUCAUAAUACAAUAAUAAACCUUGUAUUUUUUG